UUAUAAAUCCUGGAAAUUUUGGUGUUGCUCGUCCGACGCAACAAACAAACGUUCCGCCAUGAAUAGAUACGAGCAGUAGUAGCGGGUACAGAACUUGUACGCAGUCGUACAUACCAUACAUGGUACCGUACACACGUUUUUUUUUUUUCCGUUUUGCUUCCGUUUCUCCGGGAACUUCGGUCGAUCCUCUUUGCAUCCUGCGGUACUUGCACCGGUCACCCCGGCAAGAACGCCACAAAGCCCGCCACGGUCGGCAACGCCACUUCCGCUCCGACACAAACCCCAAGCACUCGGAAGGACUCGCAGCGUAGCAGCGUAACAGCGCAACAGCCAGCCAGCCAGCGAGCCACCAUGGUGUCGAUGUCGCUCUGCCGGCACCCCUCCAUCGCAACGGAGCCGAGCCACGAGGAUGCCACCGCCGCCGAGCACUGCCCGCCGGGUGCCGAGGACGCUAGUUUCGGGGGCGAACACGACAGCGACGAAGACGACGAGGAAGGAGAGACGAAAGGCCUGAAGGUUUCCUUCGUUCCGAGCAAUGUCUUUGUCCUCCAGGCCAUGGAGGGAGCCUCGGCAAAGGCGAGGGUGGACCUCGAGAGGGCCACCGCCGCGGCGAUCCGCCGAAUCCAUCUGGCAAAGAGGACGCCUCCGCCCUCGCCUUGCUCCGGAGAAAAGACACAAAGCGCCGGCGUUGUUGUGCCGGACCAACGGAAAAAACUGCGGGCCGAGCCACCGAGGAAACAGGUGCUGCCGUGGUUCCUGCUGUUUCUGUGCCUGGUGUUUGUCGCCCUGGGACAAGCCCCGCUCGUUCGAUCCGCAAUGGUUUCGUCUCGUGGAAUCGUGGCCAACGGGUUUCCACCGGAGCAACAGAGCAGUCUUUCGGAUACAAGCGACAUCGACCUAAUGAGGAUGCUAAUUGUAAUCUAGUUGUAGAAUAGGACAUUAUGU